AUGUAUCGAUCCCGUGGGGAGUUACGCUCCUAUGCACUGCGUGUCUUUGCGCUUUACAGUACUAAUGGUGUCUUGUCGGUUCCUUUAUUUAAACUUGCAUGGUAUGUUCUUUGGGGAAAACAGCCUGAUGUGAGUGUCAUGCAACUACUGGAUGAUACUGGUGUAAAUGAAAACCCUGUUUUAAGUGUGAUGGAUGAAAAUAAUACUGCUGCUGCUGAGAGAAUCUCUAGUGUGGAUGAAGGCGUUAGCAGCGGUGAAGCUCAUGUCAGCUACACAGAGAUAUCGCCGCACACGUCACUUUCAUCAGCAGAGCGGCGAAGGCGAAUUCAGGAGGAAGAAUUCCUCCGUUUAGUAGUUGCUUAUUAUGACACUAUGGGUAUAGAAGCUGCGGUGUUUACAACUACAGAAAGAACGCCUAAUAACAUUGAGGAGAUGUCUGCUGGAACACCGCGUGGUGUUAUUCGUGCUGCUCGUUGGGCUCACUUUGAGGCCCUCGCUGGGCCGAAGGGUUACGUAACAUUAGAAGAUAUCUUGGCAACUGAGCAUGUGGAUUGGCUUCGUCGGCCUUUGUGUAAGGCAGAGAGAGAGGGAAGUUGGGAAAGAGAAAAAAGAGGAACUGAAGAGACCUGUGAAAAUUCUCCAUGGAAUAUUGGGGAUCAUGCAACUUCUACAGAAAGUGAUAAUAACGGCAGAAUGGCACUGUUAUCGCAUGCAUUUGCCAUUGCUGAUGGUGAUCAUGAUGGUAGAAUUGUUUUUAGUGACAUGGAGUGUCAUUUGUCUGGUUAA